ACACGGUGUCGCUGCAGGCUCAGAAACGGCGUCGGAGCGGCGAGGCGGCUCCGCCCCGGUGCGGCGGAGAGCCCGGCUGUGAGCGCGGGGGCCGCGCAGGAGAGCCGGCGCGUCCGGGCGGCUGCGGGGAGAGGCGUGCGGGGCCGGUGCGGCGGCGAUGGGCGCGUGCUGGGGGCCGGUGCUGCGGGUGCUGGUGGUGCAGGCGGCGUGGGCGCUGUGCGGCGGUCAGGUGCGGUACUCGGUGUCGGAGGAAGCGGAGCCCGGGACGGUGGUGGGCCGUCUGGCGCAGGACGUGGGUCUGGAGGCGGGCGAGGCGGAGGCGCGGCGUCUGCGCCUGGUGUCGCAGGGCCGGCGGGCGAGCGUGGAGGUGAGCGGGGCGAGCGGGGCGCUGGUGGUGAGCUCGCGGCUGGACCGGGAGGAGCUGUGCGGGAAGAGCGCGCCGUGCGUGCUGCGGCUGGAGGUGCUGGUGGAGCGGCCACUGCGCGUGUUCCACAUCGAGCUGGAGGUCACCGACAUCAACGAUAAUGCUCCGAUCUUCCCCACUCCCCGAAAAAACCUGAGCAUGGCGGAAUUGACCACGGUGCCGGGUUCCCGUUUCCCACUGGAGGGCGCGUCGGAUGCGGAUAUCGGAGCCAACGCUCAGCUCUCCUACACGCUCAGCCCCAACGAGCACUUCAGUCUGGAUUUACAGCGGAGUGAAGAAUACCGAGAAUCUCUGUUUCUUGUUCUCACAAAACCUCUGGAUCGCGAGACGAUGGCUGAGCACCGUUUGGUGUUGACGGCGAGUGACGGGGGCCGUCCGUCGCUGACGGGCACGAUGGAGCUGGUGAUCUCGGUGCUGGACGCGAACGACAACGCGCCCCAGUUCAACCAGUCGGUGUAUAAAGUGCAGGUGCCGGAGAACGCUGCCGAGGGGACGCGGGUGGUGCAGGUGAACGCCACUGAUCCAGACGUUGGAAGCAAUGGCGAAAUGACAUUCGGUGCGAGCAAUGCUUUUCCUCCAAAGGGAUUAAGCCUUUUCAUUUUGAACGCGAAGACAGGGGAGAUCCGUCUGACGGGCGCCCUGGACUUCGAAGACGUCCGUUCAUACGAGAUACAAAUCGAAGCGACAGACAAGGGAACGCCGCCGCUGUCGGGUCACUGCAAGGUGUUGGUGGAGGUGCUGGACGUGAACGACAACGCGCCGGAGGUGCGGGUGACGUCGCUGUCGGUGCCGGUGUCGGAGGACGCGUCGGUGGGGACGGUGGUGGCGCUGCUGAGCGUGUCGGACCGGGACUCGGGGGCGAACGGGCGCGUGCGCUGCUCGGUGUGGCCGUCGUCGCCGUUCGGUCUGGUGUCGGCGUUCGCGGGCUCGUACUCGCUGGUGCUGCGGGAGGCGCUGGACCGGGAGCGGGUGUCGGAGUACGAGGUGGAGGUGCGUGCGGAGGACGGCGGGUCUCCGCCUUUGCGCGGCAGGCUCGGCGUGCGGGUGCCGGUGUCGGACGUGAACGACAACGCGCCGGCGUUCGCGCAGGCCGUGUACACGGUGCUGGCGCGGGAGAACAACGCGGCGGGGGCGCAGCUGGCGCGGGUGUGGGCGCGAGACCCGGACGAGGCGGGCAACGGCCGCGUGAGCUACUCGGUGUGGGAGGGCGGCAGCGGCGUUGGCGUUGUCGGCGGGGUUUUGUUGUCGGGCGGCGUGUGGCGUCCGGCGUCGAGCUACGUGUCGGUGGACGCGGAGAGCGGUCGCGUGUGGGCGCUGCAGGCGCUGGACUACGAGGAGGUGCAGGUGCUGCAGUUCGAGGUGCGUGCGGUGGACGCGGGGGAGCCGCCACUGUGCGGCAACGCGACGGUGCAGGUGUUCGUGUUGGACGAGAACGACAACGCGCCGGCGCUGCUGCCGUCUGCGGGCGGCGGUGCGGGCGUGGGCGUCGACGCGGGCGGGGCUUCGUCGUUGGAGGCGGUGUCGGGGUCGCUGUGGGCGUGGGCGGCGUGGGGGGCGCCGGCGGGGCAGGUGGUGGCGAAGAUCCGUGCGGUGGACGCGGACUCGGGCUACAACGCGUGGCUGCGGUACGAGCUGUUGGAGCCGCGUGGGAAGAGCCCGUUCCGCGUGGGGCUGUACAGCGGCGAGGUGAGUACGUUGCGGGCGCUGGAGGAGGCGGACGGCCCUCGUCAGAGGCUGGUGAUCGUGGUGCGGGACCACGGCGAGCCGUCGCACUCGGCCACGGCCACGCUGAGCGUGUCGCUGCUGGAGGGCGCCGAGGCGGCGCUGGCGGCCGCGAGCUCGGGCUCUGGGCGGCCGGGGCUGCGGCCGUUGUCGGGCGUGGAGGGCGGCGCGGAGUCGUCGUCGUCGUCGACGAACGUGUGGCUGGUGGUGGCCAUCUGCGCGGUGUCGAGCCUGUUCCUGCUGGCGGUGGUGCUGUACGGGGCGUCUCGGUGGGUGCCGCGGGCGGCCGUGCUGUCGGGGCCAGGUCCGACGACGCUGGUGUGCGCCAGCGAAGUGGGGAGCUGGUCGUACUCACAGCGUCAGAGCCGGAGCCUGUGCGUGGCGGACGGCGCGGGCAAGAGCGACCUGAUGGUUUUCAGCCCCAACUUCCCACCGCCGCCGCCCGGCCCCGCGGCCCAAGAGACGCAGCCGGAUUCGUCGGCUCUGCUCGACACGCCCAAACAUCCCAAUCCUGACUGGCGCUACUCUGCAUCCCUGAGGGCAGGAAUGCAAAGUGCUGUGCAUAUGGAGGAGGCAGCAGUUCUACGUGGAGGACCAGGAGGGCCUGAUCAGCAGUGGCCAACAGUCUCCAGUGCUACUCCAGGUAAAGAGCCUGAGGCGGGAGAGGUGUCCCCCCCAGUGGGAGCUGGUGUCAACAGCAACAGCUGGACCUUUAGAUUUGGACCGGGCAAUUCCAAACAAGGUGGUCCUGAAUCUAAAAAGCAGACACAAGUCUCCUUUCUCCUACGCCGAAAAGGAGAAUCUUCACAGUACAGCCAGUGAGAGGUUGGACUCUGCACUGUGGUUCCUGUGCUCCUGUCUUGAUGACACUUACAGGGCAGGUUUAAAAGUUUUAAUGUUGUGCACCCUCUAUCCGAUUGGAAAUCUUUUGUGUGCAGAUGUCAGCUAGGUGAUACCAGAUCAGGUUAGAGAAAUGCAAGAGCUGGUAAAUAUGCAACAGAGGAAACGCCUCAUAAACACAAAUGUUCAAAGAUGUUCAGGCUGGGGUUGAAAGGUCUGGAAGGAGAUGACUAGACUUUUCAGAUCUUGAGGAGUCCCUGUGUGGAAAUACUGAGUCCUAUACAUGACGUAUUGUACACACUCCUGCAAAGAAAAUCUCCCAUUUACAGCUCUUUUUUAGUAUACCAAGACUUUUAACUCUUUAACCAAACAAGCCAUUGGGAAAAUUGUCCCUUCAAGCCCUGUGUUACCCUGGCAAGGCUAGCCCUCUGAGCAUAAGGGCUGGGCUGACAUCCCAGGAAUGUAACUGACUGUGAUGCUCUGUGUCCCUCCUUCCACUCUUACCGUUAUUUUGCACAUUCUGUCUCUGCAAAGGUCAGAGUUUGUCCACGACACUUAUGCAAAAGAGAGAGGAAAAAAGAAAUGUUAACUAUGCUAUUUGUUAUUUGAGAUGUUUAUUUAUAAAGAAAUAUAGCUGUAAAUGUUAAAGAAAUAUGAUGCCCUUUAACCCAAACAGAAGUCGAUCUAGAGCCAUUAUAAAUGACAAUUGCUGCUAUUAAAGUGCUUUAGAGAACUUGCCUGAAACAUCUGUAUUCUAUCGGCCACAUGCCAACAACAGCUUUAUUCUGUUGGGUGACUUGGGGGCUGCCUCUUGCAUGUGUUAAUAAAUACAGGAAUAUCUUUUCUUGUGAUUUUCUUCUCUUUUUCUUUUUCAUUAAUCUGCACUUUGAACACACCUUUGCAAAGAAAAAAACCUGUCCUUAUAUGGAGAAGCAGAAGCAAACCCCUCACACAAAUGGAUUUACUAACCUGCUAGCUCUGUGCAGUACCUUGGUGUUACCUCCCACACAACCCUCUUCCAAUUUUAGUUGGGCUUUUUCUAUGAGAUUAUGAAGUUCUGACCCUACUAACACUCAUGAUGUAAAAUUCAAGUACUGUAUGUAUGCUGUAUGCUCUUAUAAGGAUCCUGAGAUAUUUAUUCUGUGCUUGUGUAUGUGAAUGUCAAUGCAACUAUGAUUAGAGUGGACUUUAAGCUUUACUGUUGAAUGUAAAUUCAUCAUUUCUUUUUUGGUACACUCGUGGAAAAGUGGAGUAGUGUUCAUUUUUUUUUAAGCCACUGUUGAUUAUCAGUUUCUUUUGUGUAUGGAACACAAGUAAAAUAUCUUUCUUAAAUCA